AUGCAAUCAAUAAUAAUAACAAAUAAUACUUAUCCUCAUAUUUUGGAAAUUCCUGAUGAGUUGUGGGUUGAGAUUUUUCGAUGGAUCAAGCCUCCUAAUAAUGAAGAGUGGUUAUUCUUUAUGAUUAACUUGCCGAUGGUUUGCAAAAGGUUUUAUCACGUGUUGAGAAUGUCGGAACAGGGUAAUUUCUUUUACAAAUUCAUGUAUGAAAAGAUGUUUAUGUGGAGGAAUAACAAGGGAUUGAAGGAAGAUGGAUCGAAUAAUUUCUGGUUUGAUCAAUUGAAGUGGGAAAUUAACUUUUACAGAAAUUGUAAUGUUAUUGCAGGAAAGGAAAGUUAUAGAGUUGUUCAAGAUCGAUCACUAUUGAAAAAUAAUGUGAUUGUUUUUAAAAAGUCAGUCGGUAGCUCUAUUGCCUCGAUCAAUAGACCACUCAAGAUCAAUACUGGAUGUUACUAUUUCGAAUGUGUGUUUAUGGAUAAAAUUGAUUCGACUGAUAACGUUCUUUUUGGAAUUGUAUUGGAAAAUCAAUCUAAUGAAGGUUAUAUUGGAUCUGAUAAGAAUUCAGUGGGUUAUUACUUUAGUGAUGGAGCAAUUUAUUAUGGAGGAAAGAGUGUGAAAUCAGGGUAUGGUAUUAAAAUGUACAAACAAUUGGUACUUGGGUUGUUGAUUGAUACUGACAAUUUAACUUUGGAGUAUGUCACAGAUAUUACUUUCGAAAAGAUUUAUUUGAACGUGGUAGCUCCGAAUAUUGCUGAAAAAUUACAUGAAAACCAGUCAAUUUUACCCUGUGUCAGUAUCCUGUACGAUAAUAGAAGAAUGAAAAUGAAAUGCUUUGAAAUCUGUUCCUAUGACAAGUGCAGUUUCAUUCAAGAAGUAAGACACCAAUCUUUGUAA